AUCGGGUGGCAACCUUUAGGCAUACAGUGCAAUGCAAUUUUCUGUAGUACGUUCUUGUAAAAAGUUUCCAAAUUAUAUAUAAGCAGAGAAAGAAGGCUGCGAAAAUACAAAACAAUGGAGGCCGUGCCGCGUCUGCACAUGCUUUGGUUUGCCCUCAAAUCCAGUCCUGAGGGAACAUCCUUUGUGGCGCUGAAAAAGUACAUUGCCGAAUUCUAUCACGAGGAUGCCGAGGCCUAUUCCAAGGAGGUGCAUGCACUGGAAACACUGCGUAACCAGGCAAUGCGUACAACGAAAGACGGUGCUCCGAUAAUGAAACGUUAUUAUUGUCAGCUGUAUGCGCUGGAAAAUCGCUUCCCUCAGCUGGCUGAGCGCAGCAUCUUCACGUUCACCUGGAAGGAUCUGUAUCACAGUUCGGUGCACGAAGUCAACGACAUGCGAUUUGAACGUGCCGCUGUCCUCUUCAACAUUGCCGCCUCACACACACAGUCGGGUGCUUCGGUGACGCGAGGCGACAGCGACGGCAUGAAAAUGGCCUGUACUCAUUUCCAGGCCGCCGCUUGGGCUUAUAAUGAGCUGAGAGAGCGCUACGCGAAUGUCAACAGCGGUGGUGAUUUUAUGACCAAUGAACUGUUGGUCUUCCAGCAGCAAGUGUCCCUGGCCCAGGCCCAGGAAUGUAUAUUGGAGAAAUCAUUGAUUGAUAAUCGUAAGCCGCAUAUUGUGGCCAAGGUGACGGCACAAAUUGUGGUCUACUAUGGCGCUGCUUUGGCGGCACUGUUAACUGGCGGCGAUGACGGACCUGUGUCCCAGGUCAUCGACAGCUCCGUCUAUAAGCUGUGGAAGAAAUACGUGCGCUUCAAGAUCAACUAUCUCAACUGCAUCUUGUACUUGUACCAAGGACAGCAUGCCGAAGAGCAGCGUAAAAUGGGAGAGCGUGUGACGCUCUACCAGGCGGCAUGGGAGAAGCUGGAGGAGGCAAGUAAGGAGUCAAAGGGUCUACCGGAUCAAAAGGAAAUCAACGAGUCCCUGAGCUUCACCGCAGAUGUCGUGGAGGCCAAGCGUAAAAAUGCCAAGAAUGAGAAUGAGUUCAUUUACCAUGAGGCUGUGCCGGAGCUGAAUACCAUUGCAGCCGUUCAAGGCGCCAAUUUGGUCAAUGGCAUUGGAUUUUCAAUAACGGAUGAGGAGUAUGCUGGCACCGAUCUCUUUGCGCGCCUGGUGCCCAUGAAGGCACACGAGGCCAGCUCCAUGUACAGCGAGGAGAAGGCCAAAGUGCUGCGAAAGUAUGGCGCCUUGUUGGAGGAGAAGGACACACAACUGGAUAGCUAUAUGAGUUCCCUAACACUGGACAAUCUCAAUAUCAAUGAGGAGCAGGCCAACAAGUUGCCACAAGGAAUCGUCGAUCGCUGUGCGGCAUUGCAUGCCAACAAGACGGCCAUUAGCGAUCUGAUCGAGGCCAUGUCCCAGCUGGCCGAUAUCACAACAGAUGUGGAGACAAAUCUCAGUGAAUUAACCCACAUGCUGGAGGCGGAAGCUCAAGCGGAGCGUGAAUUUCAAACAGCCAGUGGAGUGCAGCGGACACCCAAUGCACACAUCACGGAAUUGACACGCGAGUUCCAGAAGUACAGUGAAGCUCAUACCAGAGCAGGUGAAUCCAACAAUACGCUGCGCAAAGCCAUGAGCUUGCAUGUGAAUAAUCUGAAAAUAUUGGCGCGUCCGCUGCAGGAGAUUCAACAGCUAAUGCCAAAGCUCAGCUCGGAGCUGAACACCGCGGAGAUCUUCAAGGAUGUCAAACUGAUUGUGAACAAAGUAAAUGAGAUGAAGGCACAGCGUGCACAAUUCCAUGCAGAUUUGCGUAUUGCCAUCAACGAGGAUGACAUCACGGCCAAGGUGAUUGCUCAUGGCGGGCAGGAGGGAUUACAGGCCCUGUUUGCCACCGAGUUGGCCAAACACGAUCGACUCACGCAGCUGCUCGAUCAAAAUUUGCUGGCCCAACAUAAUAUUCUGCAGGCUCUUACUGAGGCAUAUGCUCGGGCAGCUCCUGUGCUGAAAACUCUGCAGGAUGUGAAGCAGAAACGUGAGCAUUUCUACAGCUCCUUGGCAGCCUCGUAUGAUGUGUAUGAAGAUCUGCUGGCCAAGUCGGCUAAGGGAUUAGAGUUCUAUAAAAAACUGGCGGGCAAUGUGCAGAAACUGUUAACACGCUUCAAAUCCGCACGAGAUGUGCAAUCCGAAGAGCGACAACAGCGAUUGCAAAGCGUUAAGGCGACACCAGCAGCAGUUCCUCCACCAAUCAAACCGGAGUUGAGCAAUGUCAGUGCGUCUAGCGGUGCUCCCAAGCUACGUGAUUAUCUCAAGGCUAAGAACAAUAGCAUUUCCACACCCGCAAUGGAUGCCACGCCCUAUGUGCCCACGGUUCGACCAGUGCCAGUUGGCUCUGAGAAUCCUACGCAGGCCGCUUGCUCGGCCUACGCGACGGCACCACCACCCAAUGAACCACCGCCUCCCUACAGCUUACAGCAGCAGCAAUACUAUGAUCCCAAUGCAGCGGGAUACACCAAUCCCAUGUACCAACAACAGCAGCAGAACAUUGCACCACCUGCCUACAAGGCACAGCCAUCGCCCAAUUCCCAAACACUGCACGGCGCGAUGGCUGCACUGAGUGUGCAACAGCCUCCAUCGGAGCCAGCAUAUGGUCAGCAAUCGCAGCUGGUUUAUGGCUACAAUUAUCAGAUGAAUUAUCCAUCUUCUGCUGCUUCUCCUGCACCGCAGAACUACAACUAUCAGCAGCCGCUCUAUGUGGCCACAUCCACGCAGUCCAACGACUCCUUGAGUUAUCCACAACCACAGCAGCAGCAACAACAGCCACAGCAGCAGCAACAACAAGCACAGCAAUUGACUCCUUAUGGACAGCAGCCUGCACCACAGCAAUCUUUAAACUAUCAGUCUGGAAAUGCUGCGCAGAUUUAUCCACAAGGUGCACAGCAUCAACAGCCUCAAUUGUCCAUGUAUUCAGCAUAUGCCCAGCAGCAGACAUUGCCUCAACAAAACGCUAGUUAUCGCCAAUCUCAGACGCCUCAAUCGAUCAGUUAUCCAGCGGCUCAGCAGUCUGCUGAUUAUCCUCAAUCGCAGACUCCACAACAACAGCCGACAGUCUAUCCUCAAUCCCCUACACCGCAACAACAGCCUACAGUCUAUCCUCAAUCCCAGACACCGCAACAGUCUACAAUUUAUUCUCAUCAGCAGAUGCCUCCGACAAGCUCAACAUUUACCCAGCAACAGAUGCCGCCACAGUCAGCAUUGUAUGCCCCUCCAGCUGCAAUCCCACAGCCCCAAUCCCAGGCCACUCCCACGCCUAUGCCUGCCGCGUUGCCACAACACCCAGUGCAAUAUCCAGUGGCGAGCACAGCUGCAUCUGCUGUCGAUGCCAACUACUUUAGCUACUCCAAUCAUCCUGGCUACAGUUUCAAUCCUCAAACGGGCAACUACGACUACAGCAGUGGCUAUCAACAUGGCAGCAGCAAUCACAUUCCACAGAUUUCACAUGGCACAGGACAAUUUACGCAGAGUGGACAGCAGCAGGCGGCUAUUGUGGGCACCACGGACUCGGAGCUGGCCAAUCGCAGCAGUUUGGCAACUGGAUUCGAUUCACCCAUUGUAUCGCAUACGAAGACAGCAAGUGGCGGCAUUGAGUCCAACUCAGCUCCAACUCAAUCCCAGGAUGUGAUGGGAAAUUAUUAUACGCCUCCUUAUGGCUAUCAUUCAGCAGGAGAGACUCCCACACAACAACAGCCACAACAGCAGCAACAACAACAGUUGCCACCACAGCAGGAGCAGCAGCAACCGGCUGUGGCAGCUGCCACGCCUCCCAUCAAUCAGAAGCCUCCAAUUUAUAUGCAAAGUGGUGGAAGUAGCAUUGCCAGCACACAGACGACCACGAGCAGUGCUCCUUAUGCCUCCUCAUCCACAUUGCAGUCAGAGACAAAGCCAACAAAGUCUGAUGCUAGUAAUGUGGAUUUACUUAGUGAUUUGGACCUGGAUUGUGCUGGCGCUGUGCCACUCCCUUUGCUGCAACCACAGAUUGUGGCAACGCCCACGCCGCCCGCUAGCCAAGUGGCUGCUAGCGAGACAGCAGUUGUUGCCAGCACUCCAGCAGCUGCUGUCACACUAUCCCCAAUGGUAUCUCCAGGUGCUGCAACUAAUUCGCUGCGUAAAAAUAGCCUAGACAAUCUGUCAAAUUGCUCAGACUUGAGCUCAAUGGAGAACUUUGAUUGGGAUUCGGUUUCAUUGACACAUUCCGCCAGCGAGAAGCUACAGGCCACAGAAAGACAUCCACUGAUUACAUUCCAAAUGCGAGCUCACGAUCCAUUUACCGAUGAUAAGACACUCAAAUACUUCCACAAGGAAGUGGAGAGUUACGAGAAGUUGGUUGAAAAUCUGCACGUCAAAAUGUUGAAUGGAAACACGCAACUGGGAACCAAGUGGCAAGAACUCCAGCAGAAGCUCGAGAAGAAUACCAAUGUGAAGCGUACGACGACAAUUGCCAAAUUGUUUCCUGAAAAGAAUCGUUCUUUGGACUGUUUGCCCUAUGAUCAUGCACGUGUCAAGUUGGACAAGCAAACUGACGAUUAUAUUAAUGCGGCCUACAUGAAGAGCCUCAGCGCUGGAUGUCCCAACAUUAUUGUAGCGCAAACUCCGCAGGCGAAUACAAUUAACGAUUUUUGGUCCAUGAUUUGGUCGGAAAAGGCGCGCACUGUGGGCUGUCUGCAUACUACAAAUGAACUCUUUGAUCCCUUCUGGCCACAGGAGAUUGAUCAGCCCACACACUACGAUGACUUUACUGUGAAUUGUGUAAAGCAUCAACAGCUCAGUCACUGCACGGAAUACCAACUGAAAUUGUCGAUGCAUGGCGCUGAUGCUGUGCUGGAUUUAUCCGUGCUGCUGCUAAAGCAAUGGACCAAAGCUUCACCAACUCAAUUGCUGGGCAUUGCACAGAAUGCACUGCAAACUCAUCAGGAACGUUGCCAGGCCGCCAAUGCGCCAAUAUCGCCGCUUGUUUUGAACUGUUUGACGGGUUCCGAGCGCUCGGAACUGUUGGCAAUUGGAAUUUGUGCCUUGAUGGGCACUCAAGCCAAGCGACCUAUUUUGAUAAAUGUGGUCGACGUUUGGUCUCGCAUUUGUAUGCAGCGGCAGAAUUCACUGCGGGAUGCAGCUAUCUUGGAACAGUCAAUGCAAAUUGUACUGAGCCACGCCCAUGAUGUGCUCAACAAACGUGGCAUCAUGACUUCAUAUCAGAUGAAAAUGGCACCGCAGGUAACCGCCAAGGAGCAACAGGAGAGCAAAGAUCCAUUAAACGAGCUGGAUGCGCUUUGGAAAAUGAAAUAAACGACUGAACGAACAAGUGCAUCGCUAAAUUACUUUUAUAAUAUACAAUACAUAUAUAUUUUACACAUUUUAAUCAAAAUGAUAAUGAUAUUGUCUAUAAACUAUUUAUACAAACUACCGCAAACAUCAUAUAUAUCAAGAGAUCUGACAUUGUUGCAAACAAUUCGAAACGAGAAGAAGACAGUAUUGAAAAUAUUAAAUUGUAUUUGUCCUAUUAACUGUUAUAUACAGUCCUGUUCCGGUUUUCGGCAAUAUUUGUCGGAAGUGAAGAUCUUUAGCCUGUUCUUAUAUAUCAAUCUGGAAAUAUUUUGCAUAUUGAAUUCAUUUUGAGUUGGUGAAUCUAGGUCGAAUAAAGUGAUAAAAUAUAAUUUUAAAAUGUUUAGCCCAAAUGCAACGUGAAAAUUUCAAUUUUAUAAAAUCCGAAUAGAAAGUGAAAACCGGAACAGGCCUGAUAAACUACUUUUUUUCUAACUAUGGUGAUGUUUUUUGAUGCUGAUUAUAUGUAACUUUAUUCUAUAUAUUAAUAUACCUGUAUCUAUCAAUAACAUUUAUAAAACAAUGUAAUCAUGUUGGAACGGUAAACGAUUAAACAGUGUAGUAUGCUUUUAAA